AUGAUGGUGUUGGCACUUGUCCGGACAGCUACAAAGCAGGCUACGCGACAUGUUUCACAGCUUCAAACGCUCUCUAUUAUACGAAGCUUUGCAAUACGAACACGUCGCAUUGAUGACGAUGAUGACUCGUUCCGUGGUCGGCGACGUCGCACGUCAGAGGAUUUCGAGACAAAAGGGACUAAUGAUGACGAAAUGGGUGAUUUAUAUGAUCCAUAUAAAGAGUAUAUGGAGACUACAGGUGAACGUGGAUACAGAGAAUUUGAUCCGGACAAUGUAUACAGUGACAACUUUCACCGUGAGUGGGAGGAACCUGCUGCUAUGAUGGAGGACAAGUCAUGGCCUGCAACAACAGGCUCAUCCGAUCUUUUUUUGGAUCUACUGAAUAUUCCAAGUGAACCACCAAGUGGAGAAAAAUUGGAAAAGAUACUAAAGGAAGCUUUUACCCGUAUGGGUCAUACAGGUCAUAUUGACGAUAUUAAGCUGCCCGAGAUGGAAGUAAAGAUUCCAGCUGAUCAUCCAGAUAAGGAAGCACUUGAGAUCAUGAAACUGUCCAUGAUGAACAAUGGACGAUUGAAAAUGGAUGAUAAGAAUCAAUUGUUGGCGUCUAUUAUUGAUGAACUCAAUAAUUUACGUAAUGACAAGACAACGUUGUUUAAGGGCUUUGAGGUAGAGGAAGACAAGUAA